CUCUUGUUCUGCCAACCAACGCUUGCAGUUGGAGUUCGGCGGCGCGGCAGGGAACAUCGGCGGGAGGAAGCAGCAGAAGCAAGCGGGGGUAUGGGGAACCAUCACAGCCACGACGUCCUCCUGCAAAAUUCUCUCCCCAGGAACAACUCUGGAUCUGAUCUUCACGACAAGACCCCGACACAAUUAGUGCCCAUUGACAAAUUAGCUAAGAUUCUUGCCCAGAAGAGUUUAGAAGAAGAUUCGGUGCAAGGAAUUACGAGCCGAAUAUUCACUAAAUAUGUGUUCCCGCGAUAUCCAGAUUUAUCCCAACGGCUGUUCUUGUUCUUCCAUUCCUCCGCUGGCCCCCAAAAACAUGAGUGGCUUAGCCAAACAACAUUCAAACAACAGGCCGAAAGAUUUCUUGGCGUUCUGGCUGAUGAGCGACAGAUUGAGAUAUAUGUCAAGAUGUAUUCAUCCGAUGGCAAUGAGGUGACACAAGAAAAUUUUAGAGAUCUGCUUAUGGCUGCAUAUCGUUUAGCAAUGGAUCAUUAUCCUGAAGGCUCUGUUACGUGCAAGAGACUCUACCACACCUUGCAGGCUGUUAUUGAUUCUGCUUUCCAUCGUAAGAAGACACUGUCGGUGACAUACCUGACGCACUGGAUACAACAGCACUGUCCUCGCCUGACUGUGGGGCUGUUCCGCUUCGUGGUGCACGUCCUCAGUACAGCUUACAGGUCCCUGGGUCAAGACAACAAUGGACCAGCGGAGCUGGACUUGAGUACCCCAGUGCUGGAACGAGAAAUAAGCUUUGCACCUAAAGAUGACGAAGAAGAAAUGCUUCCAGUGUCAGAGGUGUGGCUGUUGUCACUGACAUUGCCUGCAGUAUUCACUCGCCCAUCACCUCACCACUCUCCCGCUUCGUCCGCCAACGGCCUUUCUUCGCAGCAAUUCAUCGCCAAAAUGCUUGGCUGUAUCUGUCCGUCCCAUUGGGUCCUGCUGUACAACAGCAGCCAACAUGGACUUGGAGCCAACAGGUUCAUGCAUCACGUGCUGGGCUAUAAAGGGCCGACGCUGAUUUUCGUGCGUGGUGAGCAGGAUACGCAGUUCUGCUUGUCGGCCAGCAGCGAGUGGCGGGAGUCCCACCAGUACUGGGGGGAUGAAGACUGCGUCCUCCUGCAGAUGCUUCCUCGUUACCACGUUGUGGAAAAGGGUCCCAAACUUCUGUACCUGAACACCUCAAUACGGGGCUACCCAGUAGCACUGCGAGCAGGGCAGGAUCCCCGGAAACCCAGCCUCGAGGUUGAUAUAGAUUUCUCUGUUGUCAAAUUUUGUGACAUCCCAUAUAGCCUCCUUGAUGUUGAGGUGUGGGGCUGUGGACCUCAGCAAUCUAGGGAGUCUCAGUUGGAAAUUAAGAAGUGGCAGGUCAAACAGGCAGAAAAGCAACGUGUUGUGAAACUGAGUGCCGCCGAAUGGGUGGACCAUCCAGACCGCUACCUGCUUGAACUGGCGGGGCGUACGUGCUACAACAAUAAGGCUAGCUAGCCCUAGUCAUUUUUAGUGCUAAUUGACUAUGUUUUAAGUGCUGGAGCUUCUCUGUUUAGUCCUGUGAUGCACACGGAAGUAGUACUGGAGCUUGUGGUCGGUGAGCUGGUCUCUUGUUCCUAAUCACAUGCUAAAUUUGUAAAAGACCUGUUAAUAUGCUCUGCUGUGCUUGUAGAGUAACUGCGUAAAUCAUUCCAUUGGUUUUGUUGCUCCAGUCAGACUAUAAUGUUCACAAGGAUAUUCUACCUACUGUAUGAUGGCACUUACGUAUUUUCUGUCUGUCGUGUGUGUGUGUGUGUGUGUGUGUGUGUGUGUGUGUGUGCGUAACAGGAACAUCAUUGCUGAAUUUUUACAGUCAAUUGCACAUACUGAUCACUUUCUUUAUGUAUUUCGACAAAUUAUUUCCUUCCUGGACGAGUGAACAUGUAAAUCAAGAAAAAUGGUUUAGGAAGGUAAAUAUUUUUACAGGUUAGGACCCUUGAUGAGUGUGAAAAUAUUUUAUAUAUGGUAUAAAUAUAUUUUUUUAAAUUAUGUUAAUUAGCUUGGACACACCACACUUACAGCACAAAAGUUCUGGUCAGUUUGAAAUACAUUACAAGCCUAAGAAUCUGAGAAUCAAUGUAAAAUAGCUUUUUACUACUGUGCAUAUUACAGGGCUAAAUAUAGGCAACAACAGAAUUAAAUUUUCUGUUAUCUGUACUUGAUACUGCAGAACCAGAAGUGCUCUUGCAAGAAGCUGCCUUGUUACUUGUGGCAUUUAAAAUUCUCUUUUAUAAUGUAUUUUGAGACUGUGGUUUUGAUACUGGUGUCACCGAGGAGGAAUAGUUUCGGAGAAGAGUUCUGCUUGCAGUUGUGAAAUGUAGUACAGAGUUUGUUUAGACAUAGGUAACAAAAUAAUACAUGGUUUUACUGGUGCUAUGUCUGUGCAUGACAGUGACCAAAAAUUGCUGGAUGGGACAUAUUUUUUAGAUCUGUGUCUCAUUUUUACCAAAUUUACUAUCAUAAUAGUUAGGGGCAUUUUGACAAUCUGUGUAUAGAUUGUCAAUGUAACAGGUAAUGUUAAUAAAACAUUUUUCUGAAAUUUUAAAUGUUUGCUUGGAUAAGCCAUGUUGUUUGAAGUUGCACACUAAUAAGUAAAUGUGUAUGCAACAUUAAGAAUUAGUAGACACAGAUCUUAUCUAGUUUUGAAAAGCUAUGUACACUGUUGUAAUCCUCAGUGCAGAGUAAUUAGAAUGUUUUUAAAAAUAAAUUGUUCAGUCAUGGCUCAUACUUUUUAAUGCUCGAACAUUUCAGAACGUUUUACACUUGUUCAUGUUUAAUUUUAUAUUUGUAUAUUGACACUGUAGUCUUAAGAGUUCUAACAGACAAUUUUUCUAUGUCAUUCAUAUAAAAAAAUUGUCACUUCUUAUCAAACAACAUGUUUCAGGAGUAGCUUUCUAUUUCAAUUCUGUUGUGUAUGAGAUUAUGGCACUGGUUACCUAUUUGAUUUAAAUAUAAAAAUUGUCAGGUCUUCCCAAAAGCAAUGUGGCUGUUUUGUGCCUUUUUUUUAGUAUUAGUGUAAUUAUUUCACAUUGCCUGUAAACAUAUUUAUUUUUAUUUUUUUCUUUAAUUUUGUGGACUGUAAUUUUCUUUUACAGUUUCACCAAGAACAUGGACAGAAUUAUAUUUUUGUUUAGUGUAUGUAACAGUUCAUGCCUUCAUUUUCUGGCAGUAGUUUUCCCCACCUGCAGAAAAGUAUGUCAGUUUUCACCAACACAUCAUAAUUAUUAUUUAUGUAUAGCGAUAUAUAUAUAUAAGUUUAAAUCUAGGUGCCUUAAGAGUUUCUUUAGCAAAUAUAUUACUAUUGUAGAAAAAUCUUGUAUGCAGAAUACACUUGGACUGAGCUGCAGUGAUGUUGGGUGUGCCUUUACCAGUCACAUUGAGGUGGCAAAUGCGUUAAUUCUUUUGCGACAAUGAAUUCUGCGUGUGUGACUGCAUUAACAUGGUUGGUUGAUAAUGUGAUUCACAAGAGCUGAUAUAUUCUUCAGACUUCUUGAAAAUUUCCAAAUGUACUUUGUAGCUUUGUUUAAUGUGACAUUUGGCUCUCAGAAAGAGACCUGUUAAGAACAUAGUAAUGUUCUUGGCACCAUGCAAGAAGCUCCUUAGUUGUUGAAACAAAUAUGUUGUUGCCUCAAGAUACUGAAUUGGCCUUGAAAGAAAGUGGAAAGCUAAGAAUGAGGCCCUAAAAUGCAACCAUGAAAGGCAGAAACAACAGAAAAGCAGACAGCAAAAAGAUACAGCAAUAAAGUAAAGUUUCAUAAAAUGAUAAAGACAUAGCAACAAAGAAUCAUAUUCUAAUGUUUUUCAAAAAAUGUCAGUGUAGUGAAUCAGUUUCAUAGUUCAUUUACUAUAAUUUGGGCCACCCACUGUCUGUGCUUAUAUGGUUGUCAUUGUCGCAACUGAGCAACCUGGUCAGUGGUUGUGACAGCAUUCUGACCUAGCAUGUUGUUUUAUGUACAGUAGUUGCAGUCUUGUGAGCUGUACACCAAGCAACAAUCUGCUGCACGUGCUCUGCUCCAACUUUGUUGUCACUGAAUUUGUCAAUUAUAUUGGCUUAUUAUCACACAAUCUGUGUACUGUGAUUAUAGGGUGCUUACUUCUCAGAUCUCAUAACUGGAUUUUAAUGUUUCAAUAUUGGUCUGUAUGUGAACAUCAAAAUCCAAUUUUCAGGGCUAUUAAUGACUGUAUAAUUGUCAGCAAAUUGCUUUUAUUGUUGCUGUGAAUACCAUGUGAUAACUCCUAUCAUCCAGUGUGAUGGUGGUGAUGACGAUGAUGAUGAUGAUGAUGUAGUAGUGAUAGUGGACCUCUGAAAUCGCCAUUUAUGGGCAUAUUCUAAAUUGAUUGGCUGAAUCGUCCCUGUGGGAUGCCAAUCGUGGAUAAGGUUGCUCAUUCAUUGAGUGCAAAUAUUUUGUCAUUAUGUUUGUAUCUAUGACUAUUUAAGUUCAAAAUAUAUGUUUGAAAUCCAUUGUUGCACUAGGUACAUGAUUUGUGUAAUUCUCAGAAACUAGAGCUGAAAGCAGCAUCCCAUAUAGCUCUUUGUGAAUGUGUAGUAGUUAUUUUGUAAAUAGAUGCCAAGCAUCUUUGUUGGUAGCUAAUCUCAUAGCUGUAUGUUUUGCAGUACAUAGCUCCACAGAAUAAUGUUUCUGUUUUUAAUUUUGGAGGAUAGAUUCCCUUUAAAUUGACGUACAUUCCAAGUAACAAGUGACCAGAGUGUGUAAAAAAUGUGGUACUUAACUGGGUGGUUUCUAAAAGAUUUCUGUACAUGCCCACAAAGUUCCUGUGCUUUUAAAGCAAGGCUUAAGUUCUUGUAUGAAUAAGUUCAUAUUAUUGUUUCACUGGUAGAGGAUCCUUAUGUUUGAAAAUUAUGGUACUUAAAGAUUUUGAAUGACACGAAGAAUGGCUGUUAUUUCGUACAAUUGAAUCUAAGCCCAUUCAUCUCUCAUGUGAUUCAGUUAUUUCUGUUUAAGAAGUAAAGUUAUCUUGAUGUGAUACCUAAUACUUAUGUGUUAUCCAAUGUUACUUAUUGUUCAUGAUAAAGUUCUAUUAAGUUUUUUUGUUUCUAUGGAGAUGCUGACGUACAGCCGUUGUGAAAAUUUUGAUGUUACUAGAGAGGCAAUACAUUGUCAUAGAAAACCAAAAUGAUCUUUGAGGAUUCAGUUUUAUAUCCUCUUCUAAGGAGAAGGCUGGAAGAAGACAUAAGCAUUAUAUCUUUGUUAUAUGAAAGAAAUAUCGCAUUCCUCUCCUUACAUAUUAUGUGAUACAUAUCUGCUCUCCCCAUUAAAAAGAGUUGUUCAUAUACUAACCAAGAAAAUUAUAGUUUUUAGUUUCAUUUUGUAGUGUUUUGUGACUGCCUCAUAUCAGAAUUGAAUUUUCAGUGUUGCAGAAAAUUUCUAUAUUACUUUUUUAACUUCAUACUUGUUUUUUCUCUUUUGUUUUUGGAAUGAUGAAAUUUUCAAAUAAGUACAGUUUACUUUUUAUGAUGAUGCCAUUAUAGAAUUUAGUAUUCUGCUGUCCCUAUCCCUACUAGUAGGUGGACUUAGUUAUCAGCCUGUGUGUGUUGUUCUGAGUAAAAUAGCAGAAUAUAGGCAGAUCAAGCCUGCAUUUCAGGAACACACAAGUGAAUGUAGUUUCUUUAAGAGGAGCUACUUAUUUCAUCUUUGUUGAAUGUAACAUAAUAAAUGAUGAUUCUCAAACAGUUCUUUGGUGAGUGAAGAAAGUACAUUGCCAGUCAUGAGAUGUAUUGAAUGUGAGAUAAGGGAUCAAUAGUUCGUAUGAAUUUUGUAAUUUCCUUUCCUGAGUCAUUACAAAGAAAAGACACAACAACCAAAAAAUAUCAGUCUGAUUUUUUCAGCUCUGUGGUUAGCAAGCAUAUUGGGCUUGAUGUAAAGCUUACAAAAUACUCUCUCUUACAAAAAUAGUACAAUAUUCUUCCAGUAGGCUUGUGGUAAUGAUGCUUUAGUAGCUCAUUGAAGUCCGUAGUCAUUAUUGGUUAAGGAUGCUCAAAUAUGGUUGAAUAGUUUUGGAGUUCUGAGUGAUCUGUUCUACACUGGUAACCUUCAGUAUUUACUGCAUAUUCUCAUAACUCCAGUAUGUCAUUUUCCUUAUCACAGUUACAGCUACCAACAGUUGUAGAAUGAAUCUCUUCCAGCUUUCAUUUUUGUACAUCUUAGUAAUAGAUAAACAUAUUGUUCUAGGUACUAUUUUUGUGCGUUGUCAACAUUCCAAAGUUUUUAUUGGGAGGUGCAUGAAGCUAUUUUUGGCAUGUACUUGGCUAUUUGUACUUAACAACUUUUUAAUUUUUCAAUACUAUUUUAAGUGGUAAGAUUAAAUCUACACUAAGGAUAAAAAGACAUUUUUAUUAUUUAUGGAUAAGUAUCAAAUGACAACUGUAGUAGCAAUAAUUUGCUGAUGUUGAGCAAAAUGAAUUGAUAAAACUGGAUGUUAUUUGCCAAACUAAAAUUAUUGUGAAGAAAGUCAGUGUACUUAAAUUGUGACCAAAUAAAUAUUUCACUACAUAAAA